AUGCGAUCGCUUCUUCUUGUGAUUGCUUUACGCCUUGCGUCGACAGUAGCACAACGUGCGACUUCAUCAUCACUUGAAGGAAACAAUACAACGUGUAAUGCUGAUUAUCAACAAGUUGAUGAUACUGGUGAUUGUGUAUGUCGAGAAGGAUUUAGUGGCCUUGGAUGCCGCAUGUGUACAGUUAAUGCUGAACAAGAUUCUCCAGACGUAUGCGCUUCAGCUUUAGGCUCUGGUUAUUUAUGUGUCACAAGUUUUACGUAUGAUUCAAGUUCAAGUGGUAAAACGUACACAUGUACGCUCUCUAGUGACUUACAAGCACUACUUCCUGACGGUGCUAUUGACGUGAGUUGUGAACGUGAGAAUCAAGGCAAUGGAACAUGUCAAGCUGCAGUGUAUUUGUCAAAAGAGACGAUUGAUAGUGAACAUAUGAUUGAUUGUAAUAUGACUCAAUGUUCAAUGCCGACAGGAAGUGUGAAUGUUGAUUGUGGGGCUAUUACGUGCAAAUGUGGAUCUAGUUGUUCGGCAAUGACCAAACAAUUAGUGGAUGGAUUAAGUAAUCAACCCGCAAAGAUUCAAGUUGAUGAAUCAGCGGGAAUGCUAACACUUCAGAUUGAAGGUUCCCCACUUCCUUUAUCUGCUACAUGUAAAGUCUCCGCGUGUCAAUUACCCGGCACUAACGAUGGCGCAGAGGCUGGUACAGCAAGUACAACGAGCAGUGAUGACGCGUCAACUGACGAUACUGGAAAAGGACUAGCAGUUGUGGCGUGUAUCGCACUUGCGACUUUGUUACUUCUUGGAUUGUUUUCAUUCUGUUGCUGCAUUGGAGGAUCUCGUUCGGAUCAAAAAGAAGAAAAUCUUGAAACGGAAUUGCUUAAAGUAGCUACACGUUCAGCGAAAAAGUUGGAGUUUACAAACCUCAGCUGUUUUGCAGCCCCGGAACGAAAGUCCAUUGAACGAAAAGUUGUUUUAAAUGCCAUUUCUGGUAAUGUAGCACGCGGUCAAGUUCUUGGACUUCUUGGACCAAGUGGUUCUGGUAAAACCACGUUACUUAAUGCAUUAGCAGCUAUGCAAAACGGUGCCUCGACAUUCACUGGGGAGCUUUUACUCGAUGGUAGUCCCGUGACAAAAGGAUAUCGCCGCGUUGCUGCCUACGUACAGCAAGAUGAUACUCUCUUUUCAACACUUACUGUGCGCGAGUGUAUUACGUAUUCAGCUCAACUUCGACUUCCACUUUCUAUGACAAAAGCUGCGAAGAAUGCAAUGGUUAAUAAAGUCAUUACGGAGUUAAAUCUCGGACAUAUCCAAAACUCUCGUAUCGGGUGCGUAGGAGGUAGCACAACGGAUCGUGGUAUUUCUGGUGGUGAACGACGUCGUGUGAGCAUUGGCAUGGAACUUGUGACCUCACCGCAGAUUCUUCUACUUGAUGAACCAACAUCUGGACUCGAUAGCUCGUCAGCACAUUCAGUUGUGAAGCUUAUUAAGGAGUUAGCAAGUCAUGAUCGUAUCGUGAUUCUCAGUAUUCAUCAGCCCAGUUCUCGAUCGUUUUUACUGCUUGAUAAGAUUAUGCUUCUUGCAAAGGGACAAUUGCUUUACAGUGGUCCACCAGCUGACUCCAAGCAGCAUUUUAUCGAUUUAGGAUUUCAAUGUCCUGAUGACGACAAUAUUGCCGAUUUUAUUCUUGACGUCGCAAGUGACACUGAGAAUUUAUCACGCAUUCCGUCGCAUCAAGACAAUACUAUUCCAGUGAAAAUUGCGUCUUCGGUGCAGCCUCAAUCCGAACCAUAUUCUCCGUCGACACCUGUUGGUAGUCCAGCAUACGAUGCACCGUUUGUCAUUGACGAUUCUUCAGAAUCUCGAAGCUUGCCAGCAGCUUUCCAAGCAAUGAUGCUGGAACUUCGUGUCUUAUUCACGCGUACGACUCAAAAUAUCCUUCGUCAUCGGUCGCUCCUUGUUCAGCAUGUCAUCCUUAGUGUCCUGCUGGGUCUAAUUGGUGGAUUGAUUUUCAACAACGUGACGGACAAUCUCGCAGGAUUUCAAAAUCGUAUGGGUGCAUUCUUUUUCAUUCUCACGUUUUUUGGCUUUGCAAGUCUAAGUUCAAUGGAUUUGUUUAUCUCAGAGCGUCCAAUUUUCUUACGUGAGACGGGAGCAAGAUAUUAUAGCGCAUUUAGCUAUUUCCUUGCAAAAAUGACGUUAGAUGCUUUGUUACUGCGAGUGCUUCCAGCUUCGAUAUUUGCUUGGAUCUUUUACUGGUUGAUGGCACUUCAAGCAAAAUCCGAUCGAUUCUUACUAUUUUGGCUUACGCUCGUGCUCUUUAAUGUCGCUGCUGGAUCCAUUAGUGUGCUAGUGGGAGUUCUUUCAAAACGUGUUGGAUCAGCGAAUCUUGCUGCCACGGUGGUACUCUUGAUCAUGUUAUUGUUUGGUGGAUUCUUACUGAAUGCCGAGACAAUGCCAAAGUCAGUUGGAUGGUUACAGCAUUUGUCGAUAUUUAGCUAUGCAUUUGAAGUUCUUAUGGUGAAUGAACUUGAAGGAAUUGUUCUCUCAUUUGAUGCACCUGGAUACCCAGCCGUGCCUGUUUAUGGAGAAGUUUAUCUUCGGACAUUGGGUAUGGAAUAUACUCAGCGAUACUAUGACGUCGCUGCACUUGCGGUAAGCUCAAUCAUUCUACAAAUUCUUGCCUACUUUUUCAUGUCAAUGCAAGUUCCUUCAAAUCGCGCAAUCGAUGGCUAUGGUAAAAAAACAGUCUAA